CAUCGUGUACUUUGCUACCAUAUCAUACAUCGACAAUGCUCAAACACAGCGAAAAUAAGCUCAACUCUUCUCCGCCGUCACCAUCGCUCACGGCUGUGGAACCGUCUCAUCCCACUCCGGAGGACAAGCCCGCCAAACUCGGCGUCCAGCCAAUAUCUUUGGCCACUGGCGGUGUUCCCCGUACAACCUCACCAAUAAAUCCAGCCUCUAUCGCCUAUCCUUCCUCGAAUACAAAACCACCCGAGCAAGCAGAGAAAUACGAACAUGAACAGCUAGAGAAAUCCAACCCCGGUCUCUUCCAGGCGCUCGAAGAAGCCGGAGUCUACUUUGCUUAUAGAGACGCGGAAGGUUCCGAUAUCAUCCGGAGCACGAAGGAAGACAAGCGGAAUCCGAGGAAUUAUCCCAAAUGGAAACGAUACUUGAUCGUUGGGUUGGCUAGUUGGCUUAACAACCUGGUCUGCCUGUGCGUGAGCGGGUACUCUACUGGUGCAGGCCAGAUCGCCGAAGAGUUCAACGUUUCCGCAGAGGUGGUGACCGUGGGACUGUCACUUUACGUCCUCGGAUUUGCUAUCGGUCCUCUCUUCACCGCCCCCUUAUCGGAAUUCUUCGGCCGAAGACCCGUCUACCUAGUCUCUUGGUUCAUCUUCACCUGCUUCCAGAUCCCCCUGGCUCUGGCCCCCAAUAUCGGGACCGUCCUCGUCUGUCGAUUCAUUCAAGGGUUUUCGGGAUCUACACCGUUGGCAAACACCGGAGGAGUCGUCCACGAUCUCUUCGGAAUCAGGGAGUGCGGACUGGCCGUAGCGAUCUACGCAUUAUCCAGUGUGGACGGUCCCCCUCUUGGGAACGUCGUUUCCGCUUUCAUACCGCCCGCAAAAGGCUGGAGAUGGAACUUUUGGGUCUACCUGAUCAUCUUCGGUGCUCAUUGGUUUAUAAUAUUCUUCUUCCUACCAGAAACUCGGGACACGAUCAUCAUGUCCAGGAAAUCGCAAGCUCUACGGGCUCAAGGAUUCACCAACGUCUACGCUGACCACGAAAAGGACAAGCGCAAGCCCGGGUACAUCUACAAGACCAGUCUGUAUCGACCGUGGCUGUUCCUGGUCAAGGAGCGGAUCGUUACAUUGUCCGCUCUGAUCAAUGGCUACGUUUAUGGCAUGAUCUUCUUAUCCAACGAGGCCUUUCCCCUGAUCUUCGGACCGGGGAAUAACGGGCACGACUGGGAUAAUACGGGACUCGUCAACCUCACUUUCGGCGCUUACGUAGUAGGAGCUGUCAUCGCCUUUGCCUUCCACCCGAUGCAAGAACGGUUUUAUCAAAAGCGAUCCACUGAAACCGGGACUCCUAACCCCGAAGCGCGAUGGUGGAUCUCGCUGUAUGGGAUCUGGUUGAUGCCCCUUGGGUUGAUGAUCUCCGCCUGGACGAGUUAUGCCUACCUCCCCUGGAUCGCUCCUUUGAUCGGCUUUGCUUGCGUGGGAUUCGGUUUCUUCUGCAUCAUCAACGCCAUCUUGACCUAUGUCGUCGAUGGAUACGGACACUACGCCUCGAGCGCUCUGGCGGGGGUGGUCUUCGUGCGAAACAUCGUCGGAGCGAUCUUCCCUCUCUUCGGAAGACAGAUGUUCGAGCGAUUAGGGAACCAAUGGGCACUGUUCUUACUCUCGAUGCUGUCGUUCCUGCUUGUGUCUAUUCCCUUCUUCCUCUACAGAAGAGGCGCAAAGGUCAGAGCGAAAUCUCCAUAUUGCGCGGAAAACUUUGGAAAGAGCGAUUGAGCUUGUCGACGAGCAAGAACACUUUGUAUUAGUACAUACACCAGCAAUGAUGAAUUAAGCGUUCAAAGCAGA